UUGCUCUCUGCCGGCAGAGAGACCAAGGGACACGAGGAGGAACAGCGCGUGAAGACGGGCCUCUUAGGGCUCUGAGGGAAGCAUCCAAAGCCAGCUGGUCUGGCUUUGAGGUAAAUCAAUGGGCAGAGUGAAACAAAGACAGCAGAGAGAAGUGGAAGUGUUGUAGACAGAAAGAAAGGAAGAGAUAAAGAAAGCCAAAACUUGUAGGGGGGGGGAAGUGGAGAGAUUGGAACAGCAGGUUCUGUGAAGGCGUUUGUGCAACAGCGACUAACAGAUUGCGGUCUGUCGACAAGCGUGUUGCGAAGACAGAAGAAAGAACGUAUACACGAAGAGAGACUGUUGCACAAUGUGCUAGGAGAGCGCCGGAAGAAAUCGUAUAGUUUUUCUGAUAUUGUCGAGGUGUCAGAGAGACCGGAAAGGACGCAGUCAUGGGGCGGAAGAAGAUACAGAUCACCAGGAUUAUGGAUGAGAGGAACAGGCAGGUUACCUUCACAAAGAGGAAGUUUGGACUGAUGAAAAAGGCCUAUGAGCUGAGCGUACUAUGUGACUGUGAGAUAGCCCUCAUCAUUUUCAACAGCUCUAACAAACUGUUCCAGUAUGCCAGCACGGACAUGGACAAAGUGCUGCUGAAAUACACAGAGUACAACGAGCCCCAUGAGAGCAGAACCAACUCUGACAUUGUAGAGAAAUUGAGAAACAAAGGCCAUAAUGACUGUGCUAGUCCUGAUCCUGAUGACUGUUUUGGGCACAGCCCCCUCAUGGACGACCAUUUCGGCAAACUAAACGAAGCGCUAAACAAGAAAGAACACAGAGGUUGUGAUAGCCCGGACCCCGAUGCCUCAUAUGUCCUCACUCCUCACACAGAAGAAAAGUAUAAAAAAAUUAAUGAGGAGUUUGAUAAUAUGAUGAGAAAUCAUAAAAUCCCCACAGCAUUGCCUCAGCAGAACUUCUCCAUGCAUGUGGCAGUGCCUGUAUCCAAUCCCAAUGCCAUGUACCAGCCAGGAGGGACUCUGGGCAGCCAGGCACUGGCAGCAGCCACGGCCUCUCUGAGUGACAGUGGGAUGCUGUCCCCUCCACAGGCCUCUCUGCACAGGAAUGUGGGUUCAAGUGGAGGACCCCAGAGGCCCACCAGUACAGGUGGCAUGCUGGAUACCACAGACCUUUCAGUGCCAAGUGGUGUGGGCUCCAGCCCAGCGGGGAACGGUUUUGUUAACCCCAGGGGCUCUCCGGGCGUCCUCAGCACACCCAGCGGCAAUGGCCUGGGUAAAGUCAUGCCCACCAAGUCUCCACCACCCCCUGGAGGGAACAUGGGAAUGGGAGGCCGCAAGCCAGACCUAAGGGUUGUUAUCCCUCCAUCUAGCAAAGGGAUGAUGCCCCCACUGUCUGAGGAGGAGGAAAUGGAUUUGAACACCCAGAGGAUAAGCAGCUCCCAGUCCACCCAGCCGCUGGCCACUCCAGUAGUGUCUGUCACCACCCCCAGCUUACCCCCACAGGGCCUGGUCUACUCGGGCAUGCCCACAUCCUACAACCCUACUGAGUUCUCCCUGAGCAGCGCAGAGAUCUCUUCCCUACAGGGCUUUAGCUCUCCUGGGCUCUCACUGGGCUCCAUGUCGGCAUGGCAACAGCAUCAACUGGGCCAGGCAGCUCUUAAUUCUUUGGUUGGUGGAGGUCACCUACCUCAGGGCUCCAACCUCUCCAUCAGCACCAGCCACAGCAUAAACAUCAAGUCCGAGCCCAUUUCGCCGCCACGGGAGCAUGUCACCCCAUCCGGCUUCCCCCCUCAGCAGCCGCAGCAAGGGUCCAGCCGACAGGAAGUUCUGGGACGUUCACCCGCUGACAGCCUCAGCUCAUCCUGUAGCUCUUACGACGGCAGCGAUCGCGAGGACCACCGGCCAGAUUUCCACUCCCCGCUGGGGCUGGGAAGACCCCCCGCUGGCUCCGAGGACAGGGAGAGCCCUUCGGUCAAGCGCUUGCGCAUGGACACAUGGGUGACAUAAAGAGCCCCAAUCACGCCUCCAGUCACCAGCCAGUCAGAGAGAGGGAGGGGUUAGACAUGGAGAUAAAAGAGAGAGCAAGGGUCCUUAGAGCUAUCAUUAUAUUAUUCAACUCCAUUUCAAUUUAUAAGACUGAGUGGCAAAUGUUUAAAGACAUGUCAGGACAUAUCUGAAGUAAAUUCUCUCAAACUGAUACAGUAAGAUUUAAAAAAAAAAAAAAAGAUCUCAGUUAGCAGGACUGAAAUAUAUGCACAAGCAGGUGGUAUCAGGUACUUGGUGCAAUUCAGAUGCAGAGGAAAGAAAGAAAGAAAAUUGUUAAACAAUAGGCGAUAGAUUAUUGUAGUCACUGGUCUAGUCAGACACUUACAUGUAGUUGCUGUAUUGCUGUUGUGCUCGCAAGUUGCAAACAAUCAGAGAAAGUUGUGUUGCUUUCAGGCCGAGGACCCUUACAUACGAUGUUCACUGCGAGAACUGUCUUUUGAAAAUCAUGCUGUAACCACACAAGACCUUUAUCUCAAGUGGCCUCUUGUAAUUUAUUGAUUCAGUCGACCACGAGACAGAGAGCACGGAGUUAAUUAAGAGUAUACAGGAAUUUUGAUCACACAGUAAAUAAUUACAACAGUCGAGACUACUUUUAGUGAAUAAAUGAAUUAAUACUGUUGGAGGUAAAAAAACAAAACAAAAAUAGCGACAGAAUUUAUUGCAAUAAUGACAUACUAUUCAUUUUAUAAUUUAAAAGAGUAGGAUAUAUAAAUGUGCAAUUAAGAUAAUGCGAACCUGUCCAGUUGAACUGGUGAGAAAAUCAACAUGUUCACAUUUGUGUAACAGUUCAUCAGUAAUAUAAGCCAAAGCUGUUCUUUUGUGUUGUUUUUGUACAGUUGCUACGGUUUCCUAACAGCUCACUCAAACGCACCAUCGUUCAUCAUAGUUUUUAUUUUGUAUCGUGCUUUAUCGCAGACGGUGUAAAGUCGUGUAAACCAGAUCUUGAAUCGAUAUCUAAAGCCAUGAACAUUUUGCUGUUCUGUUUGUACAAUUGAUAAUUUGAGCCAAACAUUUUUCUUUUGUUGUGUAAAUAGCGACUUUAAUAUAUAUCACCAGGGUGGGAGUGCGUGCUGAAUGUACCGUACGGACCGCCGUUUUCAAGAAAAGUAUAUUUUUGUGGAUUACAGCCAAGUUUACAAGUGUAGACCCUUAAAAAAAAAGUAGAUCGUUCACUGGUCGAUAUUUACUAUUUUGUUCAUUUUACUGUACUCUCCUCCAAAUUGAAUCAUCAACAUGACAUCCCAUGUGUUUCAGUUCCAGAUGGUCAACUUGUUUUUCUUUCCCUCUCUUUAUUAGUGAUGACUGUUUGUCCUAAAAGACAUUGUAACAACAAUGCUGUGAGGUUGAAGUUCCACUUUUUUUCAAAUUUGUGAAGGAUGAUCACAAGGCUAGGGGAAAUAGGGUUUCUUCCCUCCCUAUUGUAGUUGUAUACCAGCAGCUGCUGAAUACACUGCCAACAUUCAAACCCAAGGUCCCAGCCCCACACUGAAGAAUAAUCUAUUGUUACUGCAUGUAGCUCAACUGAAAAACAUGCCAUCUCGCGAGCCCUUUCCACUAUCCUGUUAUUGGUUCAUUGAAUUGAAGCAGAAGACGUGAGUGUGGUAGAAGUGGCUGCUGACCUUCACACAAAACUGAUCAUGCCUGUGCUCAUAUGUGGUUGUAAAUAUCGCAGACAGUCAUAAUUAUGUACAAAAAUACUCAUGUGUUUCCUUAAUUUGGCCUCAGAAAUUGUAUCGUAUAUCAAUGCCCUAUUACUAGUAAGACUACUAUAGGCCUAGGAACGUUAGGAGCCAGAAAAUCCGAAGGCGUUGAAGUCGUGUACACGUAAGGUGUUGCAACGCUGUUAUCGCACCGUGCGCAGACAUAAGGGAGAAAAAAAAGGGGGCUGUGACUUGUUUCUUCUCCAUCAUCACAGAAGCAAAUAAUUCAGCUAAUUCAUAACAACGCAACGUCAUCGACUUCAAUCUCACUGCUGGAUUGCACACAUUUGUAUGAGAAGUUUGCUGUACGUGAAAGGUAUCGCCCUGCAUUCGCCGUGACAUAUCUUGUGUGUGUUCCUGAGCCUCCUCCUUCGCCCCCAUCAUCCACUCCAUGAUAGUUCUCAAUAUAUAUAAUGAUCUAUGCAGUUGUAGCCCCAACUCACACACGGAGUAUGAUGUCAUUAAAGGACACAUUUAGUCCACAAAGCAUCAGGAAGAAGAGCAUCUGAGGAUUGACUGUUAGACUCUUAUCCUGAAGUGCCGCAUCUGGAGGUUGCUACAAGUUAUACAUUAUAUGAUUGAUUUGGAUACCCAGGGGCAAUCUCUUCAUGUUCAUACACAUUGGUAGACACACUUUACAUGAUGUAUAGUAAUCCAUGAUGUAAUCCAGUUUAACACAGCAGGUGAAAAUAGCAAUAAUAAAUGACUACAACUAAAAAACAGUCUGCCUGUCUCGGCAGCACCACCUCGUAGUUGAGCACACUUUAGCACUUGAUGACAUAUCAGGGAAUUUUGUAGUUUGUCUAUCUAUAUGCACAGUUAGGAAAUGCCUUAUCCCAAAGAAAAAUUAUAUAUACCAUUUUUAUUUUCUCUCGGUUUGAAAAAAAAAAUAGACAAUGCAGAUAUCAUUCAAACUUGACCAGACCUGCCUCUUCUCAGAAAAGACCCACACAAGAAAAUGCACAGUGAAUGCACCGUGAUACACUUUGCUCUUUUGGUCUAUGUCCAAAUUGUGCACAACUGAUGAAUGUGAAAGGAAAGGGUAAUCAAUGAACCUUUGUAGAGGACUUUCUUCACUUUGCUGUGUAAGAGUACACUGCUUUGCUUCAUGGCUUUUAUAAACAGAACUAUGUGUUUGGUAAGUGUUUGUAGUUGAUAGUUCACUUAACUGAAGAAGCUGUUUUCGGUUUGAGCGCUCAGACCGUUUGGCGGCACAAGCUGGACUUUGUUGCCAAUGAUGACAUUAUUUGUUUUGAAAAUCGAAAGAGAUUUUAAGUUAAUCUACAUUUUUUUCUUUCCCUUGAAUGUGUUAUUUUAUUUUCAUCAUACAAUAAAUAUUCAAGUGAACUUUUUAUUAAACAAUUAAGAUACUAUGCUAGAUAUUGUUGUACAAAAUUUGUAUUCUUCACAAAAGUACAAAUAUUGGCUUUUAAUGUGUAAUUUAGGUUAUCUCUCUUAUUCUGUAUAAAAUGAAGUAAACAACUCUUACAUAGAAUUUGUUCUCAUGUGAAGUCCCAAACAGUAGAAACUGUCAACUUUAUUAAACACCUCAGUGUAUGCUCAAUCUGAA